CAGCUGCCGUCGGCCAGUAUUGAAACGUCACUCGAACGUUAUCCACGUCCAUUUUCCUUCGUCUGACAGGUGAUAGGCGUUAACGAAAUUUUGUGUGAAUACAGUUGCAUUUGUCAGUUUUGGUGUUAUUUACAGUUUUAUUGCUUAAAAAGUGUCUUAAUAUCGUUUUUAUUUCACAAAAUCUAAAUACGUCAAGAAAAACAUCUAUACAGCCAAACAAAUCGAUUAACAACAUUUGCACAAUAACCGUUUUAUCUUUUGUUUCUAUAACAUGAGGAUCUCGUUACGGUGUCGGUGACAGUGUAGUGACAAUACUGAGAUAUGUAACAAGCAGGAGUUCGUGGUGACUGACACGAGUGUACGAAUUCAGAUACGCUGUCUGUCGGAGGUUUAUGACGUUCCCGGCCGGGUGUGUAGCUAGCGGCUAGAUCGACUCAGUGACUGAUGGAGUAUCGUGGUGUGGAGCUGGUGACGAGCGAGGUUCAUGGCGGCCCCCGGGACGCGUAGCCCCCGGCCCCGGCUCAGCCGCCACAACGGCGACCGCAACCGAAUCAGCGCCAGUCCUCACAGCCCAGACGGGCGGUGCGGACAGCGCGAGCGGCGGCUCCGGCGGGUCUGGCAUGGAGUGCAUGCAGCUGCGCUCGCCGCCGGGACCCUUCCACUACCUCAUCUCGGAGCAGGCUAAGUCGCUCGUCGCGCUACAGGAACUUCAGAAUGAGGUCGGGGCUCUGCUCGAGUUCCGAGACCUCGUCAUCGAGACGUUCCCGAACCUGCGGUCCAAGAUGGCGCCGUCGAUGCCGGCGGUGGCGCGGCGCGACUGGGAGCCGGGCGUGCGCGUGCGCCGCAAGCUCGCCGGCGCCUCCGACACCACAAGGACCAAGCCGCAGCCCUCUGUGCAGGAUUCUGGCUUCAGCACGGAAACAUCGUGCGGGAAGGACGCGCACUCGUCGGCGUCCGCCUCGCGCUCGCGGCCGGCCGAGGACGAGCUGUGGGCGCUGCUCGACGUCAUCCAGCGCAAGGGGCUGCGGCUGCGGGACGAGGCGGAGCUGCUGCGGGGGGAGCUCGACGCCGACACCGCCGAGGAGUCCUUCGCACGAGUGUUGUCAGCCAGCGAAUGCGCCUGCAGCGAGGCGCGCAGACUACGCAGCGAGCGCGACGAGCUGCUCCAGCGAGCCGCGGAGCUCGAAGCCUCGGCCCUAUUGGUCCGCGCGGCACCGCCCUCCCCGCGCACCCCGCUGGGCCGCCUGGACCGCGUGCUGGCCACGCCCGCGCGCCCCCCGCGAGUGCCCACGCCAGACCCGAACAAGUUCGCGGCGAUUCUCCAAGAGAGCAAUCCCGUCGAGCUGCAGCGGCAACUGCUCACCUCCACGGUCAAGGCUCAAGUGAUGUUAGAGCAAUUAAAAAAGGCUGCCACUCAACAUUCCUUGCUGAAAGAGCAACUGGCGAGAUCGCGGGAUGACAACGACGACCUCAGGUUUCAGUUGGAGGAGAAGACGAUAGAGCUGGAGGGCGCGCGAGCCAAAGUCCGUCAACUAGAGAGCCGACAGCGGACGCCCACCAGCGACGCCGAGUGCCCCUCCCGCCAGCGCGAGCGAGACAGCAUGCACUCGCGCAGCCAGCGCGACAGAGACAGCAUGCGAGACUCUCGCAGCCAACGCGAGCGGGACAGCAUGCGCGACCUGGAGCCCGUCACCAUCCCGGAUGAAGAAGCCCGGAUCUCGGAGACGCCGCGGCGCCGGCCGUCGCGCAUCCCGCUGCACACGGCGGCGGCGGCGGCGCGGGCACGGAGGGACAGUGCGUCCUCGCCGCCGCCGCGGCCGCCCUCCGCCCACUCCGCGCGCUCCGCCGCCUCUGCGCGCUCGCGCAAGAAGACCUCGGCCGUGCCCGUGCGCUGCCCGCCCAACACUGACAAGAGACAUCGGCCUGCGGCUGCGGACACUCAACAGAACGGCGGCGGCGCCUCCUACCACGACUCGCUCAACUUCGUGACCACGCGGCGCGAGUCCGAGACCGAGCUGAUUUCUGAGUACCUGGCGCGGACGGACCGCCUGCUGGACCACCGGCUGCUGGGCCCGCGCCUGCUGGACCACCGCCUCACGGACCACCCGCUACCACCCCCGCGCGCGCGCCCGCUGCCCGCCGACCUCGCUUUCCAACAAUACGACAGCCCCCAGAACCUCGCCCUCGAACUGUCCAAGUCCAUCCUCUACGAAGACGCCAACUCUAUAGACGUCAAGACACUCAAAUCGCUCAACUCACACGGCGACAGCAAGCAGUAUAGUGAAGACUCGCUGUGGAACGGAAGGCCUCAGAAGUAUUUCGAAAGCAUGAAGUAUGGGGAGCAUUUAGACGCCGACGACUGUGCGAAGCCCGCUCAAUUGUAUGACCACGAUUCCCUGGCUAUUUAAAUUCGCAUGUUGUGGCUCUGUUUAGUGACAAAACAUGAAAUGUUUCGGUCAAAAGGGUGGUGCUGUUAGUGUUUGGGAAAAUGUGUGAUAAGAGUUUUAUGU